AUGUCCACCAACGGAGAACAAGCUCCCCUCGAGGGCGCUUCUGCACCCGAAUUCUUCGAGUCCAUCGGCAAGAAGGCCGAUCAGCUGAAUGGCACCAACGGCCAGGACGAUGAGGCCGAGCCCAAGGCGGUCGAACAGAUCGAGUCGCUGUGCAUGAACUGCCACGAGCAGGGCGUUACGAGAAUGAUGCUCACCAUGAUCCCCUACUUCCGCGAAGUCAUCGUCAUGUCCUUCUCUUGCGACAAGUGUGGCUUCUCAAACUCCGAAAUCCAGGCCGCUGGAGUCAUUCAGACCCGAGGUACCCGAUACGAGCUCCGACUCACCGAUAUGGCAGACUUUGAGCGCCAAGUUGUCAAGUCUGACUCGGCGGUCGUCAAGUUCAUCGAGCUUGACGUCGAGGUUCCCGCCGGCCGCGGUCAACUUACAAAUGUCGAGGGUCUUCUUACAACCAUCAUCGACGACUUGGAGCUUGGCCAGGAGGCCCGCAAAGAGCAAGCACCAGAGAUCUACCCCAAGGUUGCAGAGAUCAUUGCCAAGGGCCGUUCCAUGCUCGCUGGAGAGUCGUUCCCUUUCAGAGUCUCGGUGGAUGAUCCCGCCGGCAACUCGUGGAUCUCACCGGAUAUGAAGGACGGUGUGGGCAAGUGGGCCAAGAGAGAUUAUAUUCGCACCCCAGAGCAGAAUGAAGCACUCGGUCUUGGACACGUCGAGUCCGUCAUUGAUGCCACACAGACUACAGCCGAGGAGGACAUUAUUCCCGAUCAGGUUUAUGCCUUCCCCGCAACGUGCCCAGGCUGCAUGAAGCCCUGCUCUACAAACAUGAAGAUGGUUGAUAUUCCUCACUUCAAGGCUGUCGUUCUCAUGUCCACAGUCUGCGACGAGUGUGGAUACCGUUCCAACGAUGUCAAGACUGGUGGAGAAAUCCCCGACCUUGGAAAGAAGAUUAGUCUGAAGGUCGAGUCCAAUGUCGACUUGGCUCGUGAUAUCUUGAAGAGCGAGAGCUGUGCCCUCGAAUGCCCAGAACUUCAACUCCAGGUCAACCCUGGUACUCUGGGAGGUCGCUUCACCACUGUCGAAGGCCUCCUGACUCAGGUCCGAAAUGACUUGCACAGCCAGAUCUUUGAGGCCGGCGAUGGCGGCGAUUCUUUGGCCCCUACCGAGAAGUCGAGGUGGACAGAGUUCUUUGAGGGACUGGACGCUGCUAUCAAGGGCGACAAGAAGUUCACAAUCAUUUUGACCGAUCCCCUUGCCUCAAGUUAUGUCCAAAAGUUGGUGGACCCUGAUCAGGAGGACCCCCAGAUGACAGUUGAGGAGUACCAAAGGACAGACGAGGAAGAGGAGGACCUCGGACUCAAGGACAUGAAGGUCGAGGGCUACGAGGAGGAGCACCAGACUAACGGUACCUCAUGA